CUGUUCACUGUUGAACAUAAGCCUCCUUCUUGGGAGGUUUUACCAGUAGUUGCCAUGGUUGGCAGAUGGAUUGGCAAGCGCAAUUAGAUUUUGGAGAUAUUUUAAGAGGGACACUGCUGUCCAUCUCUCGCCAUCCCUUAGUCGCUUCUUACAACACUCACAGGAAAGGAAGGGAUGGCUUAUUCUAUGCCGGAACCAUACGGCAAUAUGGACUUGUGGUAAUGGGCAAAGACCAUGGAUUUAAUAAAAUAGUGGGCAUCCACAUUUUAAUUUAAAAGUUUCGAUCAAACAUUACAGAAUGGACACAACAAGAAACAGCGGCUUAUAAAAAAGCUCAAGAGGAAAGGAACCAGUUACACAGAAAGUUAGAGAGUUCAGAACAAACCACAUCCAACAAAGAUUCGCCUUGUCUGCCUGAUGCCUCUAUAGUAAAAGCUACAUGCGAUGUGACAGGGUCGACGUCAUCUUGUAAAAAUGAAAUAAUAAUGCAAGGGAAAGUUACAUAAAUGGGUCACGCUACCGAUAAGGCAGACCUUAAUACUACACAAUCUGAUCUCAUUGUAUUACAAGAAAAAGGAUUCAUACUCGAGAAAGUCAUUGGUGAAGGCUCUUAUGCUAAGGUUUACAAAGCGACACAUAUGGUGGACGAGACCCGUCACACAAUAAUGGCAUGUAAAGUUAUAGAUACAGCACAAGCUCCUCGAGACUAUCUCACCAAAUUUUUACCUCGCGAGCUCGAUGUCCUCAUCCGGAUCAACCAUCCACAUGUGAUUCAUGUGUCCAACAUAUUUCAGCGGCGUGCGAAAUACUUUAUAUUCUUACGUUUCGCCGAGAAGGGAGAUUUGCUAGACUUUCUAACGCAGAACGGUCCCGUGCCGGAGAAUCAAAGUAGGCUUUGGAUGAGACAGAUACUCUCAGGGAUCCAUUACAUACACACAUUGAAUAUAGCACAUAGAGAUUUGAAAUGUGAAAAUAUAUUGAUUACAGCAAAUUAUAACGUAAAAAUAACUGAUUUUGGCUUCGCGCGGAAUGUCCGCCAGAGGGACCGAGAUGUCCUCAGUGAGACGUAUUGCGGGUCGCUGUCAUACGCCGCGCCGGAAGUACUCAAAGGGGUGCCGUAUUUACCAAAACUAGCCGACAUGUGGUCUAUUGGCAUCAUUCUUUACACAAUGCUAAAUAAAGCACUCCCGUUUAACGAAACAUCAGUCAAGAAAUUAUACGAAAAACAGGUUAUGCGCAAAUGGCGUUUCCGCACUAACGUUGUGAACCAGCUAUCAACGGAGUGCAAGCAGCAGGUAACACAGUUAAUGGAGCCAGAAGCAAAGGCACGUCCAACCGCAGUCAGUAUUUUCAGCGGACCAUGGAUCGGCAUGGAUCAGAGACUUACGAAACUAACAUUUUUAGAAGAAUCUCUAUUAAAACAAGCACACGAGGAAAUACAAAAGAAAGAGAAAGACUUAGACGAGGAAUGUGAAGCAGAGAGGAUUGCAGAGUUGCGUCGUAAAGGACGAGGAAAAGGUAGUAAAAUAUACUCAUACCCAUAUAAGAAUUGUUCGGAACUAAUAAUGUAUAUAACAAUAAUUUUGAAAUGUGGUUGUUCGAGCAUGUAGAAAUAAUGUGGAAUGAAAUACGAAAUAGAGUGGAGAAGUGGAAGGACGCGAGUA